AGUACGGGUGCCGGGCAGGUUUUUGCGGAAGUCCAUGCGCCAUUGGGAGCGCCUUCGCGGCGGCUGUGUGCCCUUGUUGCCGAGGGCCUCUUCCUGGGUCAUUCCUAGAGUAGGCGCCCGACUGGGGCUGACAUUGGGGAUCCCACGUGGCCGUCUUGGCGCCGGUGUGACCUCUCCGCCGGCAGGAUGUGGCGACUACAUCGGGCCGCCGUGACCUGUGAGGUCUGCCAGUCCUUGGUGAAGCAGAGCCCUGGAAUGAAAGGAAGCUCACCACUCCAAAAACUGCAUCUGGUUUCACGAAGUAUUUAUCAUUCACGUCAUCCCACCUUAAAGUUUCAGAGACCUCACCUAAGGACAUCGUUGCAGCAGUUCUCUUCCCUUACUAACCUUCCUUUACGUAAACUGAAGCUUUCUCCAGUUAAAUAUGGCUACCAGCCUCACAGGAACUUUUGGCCAGCACGGUUAGCUGCAAGGCUCUUAAAACUUCGGUAUCUCAUCCUGGGAUCCGCUGUGGGUGGUGGCUAUACAGCCAAAAAGACUUUUGAUCAGUGGAAAGACAUGAUACCAGACCUUAGCGACUAUAAAUGGAUUGUUCCUGACAUUGUGUGGGAAAUUGAUGAGUAUAUUGAUUUUGAGAAAAUUAGAAAAGCGCUUCCUAAUUCAGAAGACUUUGCAAAGUUAGCCCCAGACUUGGACAAGAUUGUUGAAAGCCUCAGCUUAUUGAAGGACUUUUUCACCGCAGGUCACAAAUUGGUUAGUGAAGUCAUAGAAGCUUCUGACCUGCUUCUCUUGUUAGGUUCACCUGGAGAAACAGCAUUUAGAGCAACAGAUCAUGGAUCUGAAAGUGACAAGCCUUAUAAAAAGGGUCUGCUUGGUGAGCUCAUUCUCUUACAACAGCAAAUUCAAGAGCAUGAAGAGGAAGCACGCAGAUCCACUGGCCAAUAUGGCUCAAGCUAUGCCCAGCAGAAGCGCAAGGUAUCAGACAAAGAGAAAAUUGACCAACUUCAAGAGGAACUUCUGCAUACUCAGUUAAAGUAUCAGAGAAUCUUGGAACGUUUAGAAAAGGAGAACAAAGAACUAAGGAAAUUAGUACUGCAGAAAGAUGACAAAGGCAUCCAUCAUAGAAAGCUGAAGAAAUCUUUAAUCGAUAUGUAUUCUGAAGUUCUUGAUGUUCUCUCUGAUUAUGAUGCAAGUUACAAUACACAAGAUCAUCUACCACGGGUUGUGGUGGUUGGAGAUCAGAGUGCCGGGAAGACGAGCGUGUUGGAAAUGAUCGCCCAGGCACGCAUAUUCCCGCGGGGCUCCGGGGAGAUGAUGACGCGCUCGCCAGUGAAGGUGACUCUGAGUGAAGGUCCUCACCAUGUGGCCUUGUUUAAAGAUAGCUCCCGGGAGUUUGACCUCACCAAAGAAGAGGAUCUUGCAGCAUUAAGACAUGAAAUAGAACUCCGAAUGAGGAAAAAUGUGAAAGAAGGUUGCACGGUUAGCCCCGAGACCAUAUCAUUAAAUGUUAAAGGCCCGGGACUACAGAGAAUGGUGCUGGUUGAUUUACCAGGUGUGAUUAAUACUGUGACAUCGGGCAUGGCUCCUGACACUAAAGAAACUAUUUUCAGUAUCAGCAAAGCUUACAUGCAGAACCCUAAUGCCAUCAUCCUCUGUAUUCAAGAUGGCUCUGUGGAUGCUGAACGCAGUAUUGUUACGGACUUGGUCAGCCAAAUGGAUCCUCAUGGAAGAAGGACCAUAUUUGUUUUGACCAAAGUUGACCUAGCAGAAAAAAAUGUAGCUAGCCCAAGCAGGAUUCAGCAGAUAAUUGAAGGAAAGCUAUUUCCAAUGAAGGCUCUGGGCUAUUUUGCUGUUGUAACAGGAAAAGGAAACAGCUCAGAAAGCAUUGAAGCUAUACGAGAAUAUGAAGAGGAAUUUUUUCAGAAUUCAAAACUCCUAAAAACCAGUAUGCUCAAGGCACACCAAGUGACAACAAGAAACUUAAGCCUUGCCGUAUCAGACUGCUUUUGGAAAAUGGUUCGAGAGUCAGUUGAACAGCAGGCUGAUAGCUUCAAGGCAACACGUUUUAACCUUGAAACUGAGUGGAAGAAUAACUAUCCUCGCCUGCGAGAACUUGACCGGAAUGAACUAUUUGAAAAAGCUAAAAAUGAGAUCCUUGAUGAAGUUAUCAGUCUGAGCCAGGUUACACCGAAACAUUGGGAGGAAAUCCUUCAACAGUCUUUGUGGGAAAGAGUAUCAACUCAUGUGAUUGAAAACAUCUAUCUUCCAGCUGCACAAACCAUGAAUUCAGGAACUUUUAAUACUACAGUGGAUAUCAAGCUUAAACAGUGGACUGAUAAGCAGCUUCCCAAUAAAGCAGUAGAGGUUGCUUGGGAGACCCUACAAGGAGAAUUUGCCCGCUUCAUGACGGAACCGAAAGGAAAAGAACACGAUGACAUAUUUGAUAAACUUAAAGAAGCUGUUAAGGAGGAAAGUAUUAAGCGCCACAAGUGGAAUGACUUUGCAGAGGACAGCUUGAGGGUUAUUCAGCACAACGCACUGGAGGACCGCUCCAUAUCCGACAAGCAGCAGUGGGACGCGGCUAUCUACUUCAUGGAAGAAGCGCUCCAGGCUCGGCUCAGAGACACUGAAAAUGCAAUUGAAAACAUGAUAGGUCCAGAUUGGAAAAAGAGGUGGCUGUACUGGAAGAACAGGACCCAAGAACAGUGUGUUCACAAUGAAACCAAGAAUGAACUAGAGAAGAUGUUGAAAUGUAACGAGGAGCACCCAGCAUAUCUUGCAAGCGAUGAGAUAACCACCGUCCGGAAGAACCUCGAAUCCCGAGGAGUUGAAGUCGACCCAAGCCUGAUUAAGGAUACUUGGCAUCAAGUUUACAGAAGACAUUUCCUAAAAACAGCUCUCAACCAUUGCAACCUUUGUCGAAGAGGCUUUUAUUACUACCAAAGGCAUUUUGUAGACUCUGAGCUGGAAUGCAAUGAUGUGGUCCUGUUUUGGCGAAUACAACGCAUGCUUACUAUCACUGCGAAUACCCUACGGCAGCAGCUUACAAACACUGAAGUUAGGCGAUUGGAGAAAAACGUUAAGGAGGUAUUGGAAGAUUUUGCUGAAGACAGUGAGAAGAAAGUUAAGUUGCUUACCGGUAAACGAGUUCAGCUGGCAGAAGACCUCAAAAAAGUUAGAGAAAUUCAAGAAAAACUUGAUGCGUUCAUUGAAGCUCUUCACCAAGAGAAAUAAAUUGUAUUAAAUUGCUACAGAUAAUAUAAUCACCUCUGCAUACCUCUGAAGAAAGAAAACUUCAGUCUUUUGUCCUGCCUCUUCUGCUGUUCCACCUUUCUAAACAUACAAUAAAGUCACGGGCUAAAGUAUCUGAUGUGUGGUACAGGCGCGCUGACCAGCAGCUGCCUUUUGAAUGGAAGAACAGUGGAGAUGCGUUACCGUCCCAUUUGUACUGACAGGACAACUUGGGGUAGCGUAACUGGUGUGGCUGUCGGUAUGGCCCUUGAAAAUAAGAACCCGGCUGUCUGCUUGUUGUCUUUUGUAGUGGCGCUAGAAUAAUUCAUUAGCAGGUAUUACUCACCUCAGUUUCUUUUCCAGAAAUGUAAUGCUAGUUGAUUUGAAGUACAAUUUGCAGCAAUUGUUAAGAGUUAUCAGUUGUGGGGCUGGAGGUUUAGCUCAGCGGCGCAAGUACCUGCCUUGCAAGCAGGCAGUCAUGAGUUCGAUCCCUGGUACCGAUAAAAAAAAAGGAAAAAGACAAAAAAAGAGUUAUCAGUUGUAUAUAAAAUGAUGGUAGCUUACUAAAUUGCCAUCUGUAUCUGUAAUGUCUGUAUGCAAGGAACCAUUUGACCAUGAAAGUGAAAGUCCGUGUAUAUUUACCUUGUGAGAAAAAAAAUAAAAACUCACUAGCAAAAGAACCCUCCAGACAGGUUGGUUUGAAUGACAACAGUUCAGUGUAUUUUCAUUUCAAAAACUUACGCCUUUCAUUGCUAGCUUCGAAAUUUGCCCUAGAAGCCAGCUGCCCUCCUCUUGCUAUUUUCUAUCUCUGUAUCCAGUGAAAAAACUCAUUUUAGAUGUUAUAUUCUUAAGUUGGCUGUUUGCUGUGAGGCUUUCUGUUUUCCCAGAGCCACUGGGUUAUGACACAGGGUGAGUAAGUGAAGGGUGUCAGUGGAGUAAUCGCAGUUAGAAUUGUGUCUGAAUGUUGGAAGCACGCAUAAGGAAAGUGCUUUAUUUUGUGUGACCAUUUUAGUUCAUUUCUUUCUUCUUGUGUACUAGGAGUCCAACCCAGGGCCGCGCACCCUGGGCAAGCACUGUACCGCCGGGCUGCAUCCCUAACCCCGGUACGCACUGCACACAGAAGUCCUGUCAGCAGUUAGGCCUCCUGAGCGUCCCCUCUCAGCUGGAAAUGGAAAGUUGAAUUCAUUGCAGUUCAGUUGCAGUGAUAUCCUCCACACAUUUUCUUUUGUUUUACAGUAUAUGAUUUUUUUAAUUGGCCAAAGAAUUUUAAAACAAAGAAAUAUGUUAUAUUUUACUUAAACUAUCUUUCUCAUCUCCUACCUUUUUUUUAAGCCUUUCUGUUGUCAUCGUGUGACUUUUUAUUUUACAAGGUAUUACAUGUUAUAGUUUCUUUGGGUUAGUUUUUUUUUUUUUUGGUAACAAUUCCCUUGCUAUCCUUUUUUUGUUUUGUUUUUAACGUCAGCAAGCUCUUCUUUAUGAAGAUCUGACACUUAAUAUGCAAGACUGGAGAAUGUCACAAAAUACUGGUUUUUUGGAAACUCUGAACUCAGUAGCUAGUAACAGAGGGUGUGUUCUUGGUAGAUGAGCAGUCGUGGGAGCCUUUUGUGUUUCUUUAGUUCUCGGUGUGAGCAGAAGAGCGAAGCUGCCCUGCUGCACCCUCGGGCCCCGCGACCCCGCCCGGAAGCAGGCAGACCUCAGACUUCAUGUGGCAGCAGUGACGAUUUUCAAUUGCAAGACACUCAUGUCAGCCACACAUCUGUUUCUAAAGCAGGAAGAAUAGGGCCGUAUUUUUUUCUGUGAACUACAGUUAGAGAAAAUGCCAUCUGCUGUAUUUCUACACAUUUCUCCCAAGCAAAAACCUGAUUCUGGGCAGUAAUCUUAUCAUGUCCCGGAAGCUCUCCAGAAAGGAGAGCCAUAUUGUGACUGAAAUGUUUAAAUAGGUGGUAAAAGUACAUUAAGAAUCUCACAUGACCCCUGACAUUCUCCCCACUGGCCUCAGUAAUAUCGCUUCUUGUGUGGAUUUUUUUUAGCUGAUCUCAUAUUAAGCAUGUUUUUCCCCCUUGAAAGAUAGGUAGUUAUUAAAUGCAGAUGUUGCAGGAAGAAAAAAUAAAAUUCAUUCCCAACAGUGAAUCCGUGUGUUUUCAUGCAUUCAGUCUACAGAAGUUAGAGGCUAACUGGACAAGGAAUCAUUUGUUUUUUCAUGACAGAAUUUCCAGCGUAUGGAGUGGCGAAAGCGCUGUGAGAAAGACUGAUUAAUUUUAAAUCGCUGCUCUGCCAAGUGGACAGGUGAAGAUUAUGAAAGCGAGCCUGGCACCGGGCAGCUCCUGCCGCUUCAGUGGGGCUGGCGGAGCUGCAGCGUGGCAGAGCGCCCCACCUUGCUGGUACCCAAAUUUCCUCUCCUCUUUCCCAGGCUCUUUCCCCCAUGGGCUCCUUCUCAGAAAUUUAGUGACCAAAGGCAAAGAAACACUGUAAAAAUGAGCGGGUGACAUUGCCAGAGCGGGCUUCCUCGCUGUCUAACUUGGGGAUUUCACAUACAAGACUCAGAGUGCAGGUUUAAAAGACUAAUUCCUUAACUAGCUAAUCGUUUUGUAUUUAUUUAUUUUAGGUAUAUUUAUCUGAGAAGAGAAACAUGAUAUUUUCUCCUUCCAGUAAAUGUGAUCUAACAGUGGCUUUUAUUUCAGUUACCCAAGCUGGCAUAUCUUAUACCUUCCUACUUUAGCAGUGUGGAAAUGUGCUUGAAAAUAUGCUGACUUUUUUGAAUGAUCAUGAUUAUGUAUUUUGUAAACAUUCAGAACUUAUCUUGUGUUUGCUCGUACACUGUGGAUCAACUUUGUAUUUCUAAGACCUCACAUGACAUGUAGAUAUUACAGAACUUAUAUUUUGCCUGUGCUUGUUCUAAGUUCCUUUGUGUGGCUGAGUAAUUAAAAGAUACUUAAAUCACA